AGAAUCUCUGCCCGCCGAGCUCGGGCCUCCCUCGCUGCCUGCACCCUCCCCCCCGCCCAGCCCCGACCCAGCGCAGCCCCGGCGCCCACUCCUCGAGGGUCGCCCGCCGGCGGGGGGAGGGGGAGACGCCCGCGCCGCGCUUUGGCCUGGGGGGCUCGCGCCCGCGCCCUUUCUGCGGGGUCUCUUCCCGCGCCCGGGCCCGGCCCGACCUGUCAUGGCCCCCACGGAGGCUCGCUUCGGGCCCGGCCCCAGCAGCUCCUGAGGGCGUGGCAGCCCAGGAGCCGAGCCAGGGGCCAUGGUCGGGGUGCUGGCCAUGGCGGCGGCGGCGGCGGCUCCGCCCCGAGCGCCCGGGAAGGACCUGGACCUUCAGCCAUGCAAGAAGCAAAGGAAAGAAGAUGAUGGAAUUUCUUGUAAAACCAUUACUGAAUAUAUGUCACCAAUAAGGAAGACUGGGGACAAAGUUUUUUCUCCACCAAAAUCUAAUAACAUCUUGGAUUAUUUUAAAAGGACUUCACCCAUAAAUGAAAACCCUUCUCUGCCUAAAGAGUAUAAAAUACAAUCAUCUAAACCAUUGCAAGUUGAUGAUAGCAAAGAAUUGAAAACACUUUUCAACAGUUCCUCCAAGUUAGAGUCUAAAUCGAAGGGAAAGAGAACUAAUUUAUCUCAACAACUGAAUGAGAUUAAAAAAUUGGAAAAUGAGUCCAUAAUAAUUAGUAGUGAUGACAGCAGAGAGGACAUGAGCUUAAAUCAUGUUUUUGUGGAUAAUAAUAGUGAUUCUUCUGCUCUUCUUACCCAGAAAAAUGUAGAGCCCUUCUCAGAAGGCAAAAAGCAAUCAGGCACAAUAUCUUCUCAAAAGGACAGAAAGAAAGUAAGCUCUGAACAAAAUAAUGCAAAAAAUGACUGCAAAAAAUUAAGGAAAAGGAGGCACAGAGAAGAUAAAGGCCCACAAUCCAAAAAGGAGCCCCACGGCAAUAAACAAGGAACAGGAACACAAAUUGAUGAAGUUGUGGAUCUUGUAAGGGAUUCCAUUCCUGGAGUUCAUAUGUCUGAGACAGUCCAGGUUAAUGAUAAUACAGUAACUGUAUCCUAUGAAGAAUUUUUAAGGAGUCAGGAAAUAAUCACAUUGGACCAGAUACGUGGACCAGAAAUGUCAGCUGAUGAAGUUGAUAAAAGUGGGAACACUAGUGAUCUUGAAACGAGUGAAAAUUCUCAGCAGCUGCCCCUUAAAACAGUGACUGUUCUUGCACAAAUCCAUACUGUGCCACCAAAGCCUAUUUCAAGAAUAAAGGGUAAAAAGACUUUGAAAAUACCAUCAAUUUUUUUGAAAUGUAAGGAAAGUGAAAUUGGAAAUAUUCUUUCAGAGCCUGAAAAUGAACAGACAGUUCAGAAAAGAAAAUCCAAUGUAGUUAUAGCAGAGGAAGAAUUAGAGUUAGCUGUGUUAGAUGCUGGAGGCCCUGAAGCCAUAAAGCCAAAAUGUACUGUGGAAGAAAGACAGCAGUUCAUGAAUGCUUUUAGGCAGCCUGCAUUUGAUGCUGUUAAAAGUGGAGUCAAAAAAUCCUCGGAAAGACACAAAGAUGCUCAGGAAAAGGAUGCUUCCUUGAAAGAGGAAACGGGUAAAGAUAAUUCAGUUAAAGUAACAGAAUGUUCUAAAAUGCAGAUAGAUUCAAAUAAAGACAAUUCACAGCUUUGUGAUUUAAAAAAAAGCCCAGCCAAAGGAAAAAGUAAGAAGCUUCAGAAAAAAGGUAAGAGAGUAUUGGUAACUGAGGAUGCUAUUAAGAAAGAAAAUACUUCGUGUGAUGUAAAUAUUAAGCAAAAUCCAAAUAGCAUCAGAAGAAGUUUGAGACAACAGAAAACAGUUUUCAAAAACACUUUCUCCCUUAGCAUUACAAAUUCUUCUUCUGAAGAUAUCUCAGAUGAUCGUCCUUUACAUGUUUCUACUCCCAAAGCCAGCAGUAAAUCAUCAAGAAAAAUCACUACAUCAGAUGACAGUUUGUUAAAUGAUUUCACUCCAAAAUCUUCCCGAAAAUCUUCCCGAAAAUGCAUGGUAAUGAUUGGAGAGCCUGAUUCUGAAGUUGACAGUCCUGGAAAGGUUUCUACUAAAGCAGCCAUCCACACUUCUUUGGAACAGCAUGGCUUAUAUAUGGCGGAAUUGAUAACAGUACCCUUUGAUUCAAAGAGCCCUAUUAGGAUGAAAUUUACCAGAAUACGGUCACCCUCUAAAUCCAAGAAAAAUGAAACAGAUGAAGAUUUUACUCCCAAGAGUAGAAAGGCAAGCAAUGUUUCUAAAAACAUAUCAAAAGCAAAGCAGUUGAUUGAAAAAGCCAAGGCCAUCCAGCAGAGCAGAUCAAAGAUGAGUGAAGAAGGGUCUGCCCCUCUGCGGCGAUCCUCCAGACAGCAGGUUCUUACUGAAAGGAAAAAGUUAUUAGAGAUGGAGGAUUCAAUUAUAAUUAUAGAUUCAAAUUCUCCUUCCCAGAGUGCAGAAAACAAACAGAAGGAAAUUCAAUGUUUGAAUGAUGUACUGGGAAAAAAAAUUAACAAAAAUGCUAAGAAUUUAAGUGGAAAAAUAAAAGUGGCUCCUCUAUUCCUGGCUAAAAAACCUCAGAAAACAACUGAACCUGUUGUGAUUUUUGAUGACAACAGUCAAGAUGCAUCUGAAAACUCUCAGGAUGAUGAACAAUUUAAAGCAAAGCGUGAAUUUCUCAUGAGUGGCUUGCCAGAUUCAUUGAAGCGCCAUAUUGCAAAGAAAGCAGCUGCCCUAGAAGCCUACUCUGUGAUAAGUUCCUGUUUUCAGAUGGUUGUUCAUGUACAGCAACGGGACAAUUGGAACCGUUUGUGGAGCUUGACACCCCCAUCAUCCUUUUUCUUAACUAAUCUUAAAGACCCAAGUACCAGCAUAACCGAUGUGACCAAACGCGUCAUUGCCCUUGGUGAAUUCUCCGCUCUGAAUUACAGACUUGAUACCAAGAAUUCUGCAGUUGUGCGGGGAGUAAGAAAAGAUUUUACAGAAGAAAUAAGGAAGAUUUUGCUGGAGGAAAUUAAGUGGUCUAAUCCUCAAUUUCCUUUAAAAAGAUUUUUUACACAGUUUUUAAAAAAACGAACUGAGCACGUGGCACUUUCUGGAUGUCAAAGUAAACAAGGACAUUUACAAAUAAAAUCCAUUGACAGUCGAAGGGAAACCAAGAGAAAGAGAGGAGAGAGUGAAAACCACAAAUCAAAGAAAAGAAAACCAACUGAAUGUGAUCAGGAUCUAAUGAGGGAGGACUUACCUGAGGGACCCUCCCCCAGCAGAAGUGGAGGCACUGGCUCCCUGGAAGGAAUGAGGGAAUCUGGCCAAGGACAGUGUUCUAGGACCUCCAGGAAAAGGCAGGAGGCUCUAGGAAGUAUGCCACGUAAGGAGGAAGUGAGCCUAGCCCAGGAUUCUGAUGUGAUUAUAGAUGUGGAUAAGAAAUUUCCAUCAGAGGGAACAUCCAGCUCUGAUUCUGGAGUUGAGGACAUGCUCUGGACAGAAAAAUACCAACCUCAGGCCUCUAGUGAACUUAUAGACAAUGAACUAGCAAUUCAGAAGUUACACAGUUGGUUGAAAGAUUGGAAAAGAAGAGCUGAAUUGGAAGAAAAAGGAAAUCAGAAAAUCAGAAGUGAUGACAAAGAACAAGAUCUCUCAUUUAGCAUGGACUUUAAGGACACUUCUGAUGAUGAGGAAGAGAAUUCUUUUUGUAACACUGUUCUCAUCACGGGGCCACCAGGAGUGGGGAAGACUGCUGCAGUAUACGCAUGUGCUCAAGAACUUGGCUUUAAGAUAUUUGAAGUUAAUGCUUCUUCGCAACGCAGUGGUAGACAAAUUCUCUCCCAACUCAAAGAAGCUACUCAGUCUCAUCAAGUUGACAAGCAAGGUGUAAAUUCACAUAAGCCUUGUUUCUUUAACAACUACAGCGUAGGCAGAUCACCAAAAAAAUUAAGUUCACCUAAGAAAAUUCUUGCAUCACCAAGGAAACCUCCACUUUCACCAAGAGUUGCAAAGCGGGGGCUCCCUCCCAGAACUUUGGCAAAUUAUUUUAAAGUGUCUUCCAAACAAAGUAAUGAUGAAGUGAUGAAACACCAGAAGAAUAAGAAAGAAAUUAUUUCUUCUGAAGAGAAACAAGACACUCAAACAAAAUCAACAAACAUCUCCAGCUCAAAUGUCAAGGAAUUAGAGGAAUCCAAUCGGAAAAAUGCCACAUCUCUCAUUCUUUUUGAGGAGGUCGAUGUGAUAUUUGAUGAAGAUGCUGGAUUUCUAAAUGCUAUCAAGACCUUCAUGGCAACAACCAAAAGGCCUGUGAUUCUUACUACAAGUGAUCCAACAUUUAGUUUAACAUUUGAUGGAUGCUUUGAGGAAAUCAACUUUAAAACUCCCUCCUUGCUAAAUGUUGCCAGCUAUCUACAGACACUCUGUUUGGCAGAAAAUUUAAGAACUGACUUAAAAGACUUUGUCACCUUGCUGACUAUUAAUAAUUGUGAUAUCAGAAGAAGCAUUCUCUAUUUACAAUUCUGGGUUAGAAGUGGAGGCGGAUUCUUAAAAGAAAAACCGUUAUCACUUCAUGGAGAGAAUGCCAAACUUGUUUACUCUCGAGAUGGUGCUCAUCCUAAAAACCAUCCCCACGCUCCUCAGCAGGAUCCUGCCAACCUUCCAAAGUGUGACACUGGCUUUGCUGAGAGUCUGCUUGGCAUGAAGAACAUAGUCCUUCCAUCUGAAGAUUUGUUUUCCUUUAUAAAGCAUAAACUCACAACACAGGAAGAAUGGAAUAAACUCAUUCAGCUCCUCACCGAAUUCCAAAAACAGAAUGUUGAUUUUUUAUAUAGUAAUCUUGAAUUCAUUCUGCCAUUGCCAGUUCACGUCAUCCCAGAGUCAAAAGACCUUUGUAUUUUGCCUGAAACUUCAUAUGCUUCCCCAGCAAGGAAGAAUGAGAAUCACCUGAAUGCUGAGUGUUCUGAAGAAGACCCUUCUUUGGUAAAGGCCAAGAAAGUGAAGCGUCAGAAGAAGAUGGUCACAUUGGAUGACAGCGACUUGUUUGACACUGCUUUGAAUUAUUCUGAUGAAGACAUUAGUUUGCCCUCAGCUGUUCCACCCUCAAGCUCAGAAGAGAGUAGCUCUGCCCUCAAACCGAGUGCAAAAGGGAAGAGUAAGAAAACCUUGGAAUCUGACAUGAUGUUUGUGUCUCGUCCUCCUGAAACUCUCAGUCAACAAAAAUGUCCUCUUGCUUCUCACUGUUUAAAUUCACUGACUGAAUUUAUGGAUGAUAUGUCUUUCUUAGAUUCCCUUUCACCUAAUCAAAGGGAGCAAAAAGAGUUUGGUAAAAACGAAGACUUUAACUGGACAAACGGCAGGGUCAAGAAUGGCCUUUGUGAUGAGUUUAGACAAGAGCCUCGUGAUGGCUGGACUUGCCAAGGCUUGGAGGAGCUGAAGGCAGUUGUGGAAGCACUCAGUUUUACCAAGUGCUCUUCCACUAUUUCAAAAGUUUUGGAAACCUCUUUGGCCUCUUGCAAGAAAUUAGGAAAAGAUCCAAACGGGGACCUCACUUUGUACAUUUCAGAACAAAGAAAUAAUGUGUACUUCAGUCAAUCUGCUGCAGAUGUAGACAAAGCACAGAAGAGGUUGGCAGUCGUAAAAACUGUAUUUUCUGGGAAAUCUCUUUUAAACCUGGGAAGCAGCAGACAGGCCAGCCUCGCAGAAUAUUUACCGACCCUUCGAUGCAUCUGUAGGAUAGAGAAGUUAAAAGAGCAAGAAAAGAAUAAGAGAAGAUUCCUGCACUAUUUUGAAGGAAUUCAUCUCGACAUACCCAAAGACACUGUGAGCAGUUUGGCAGCUGACUUCCCCUAGUUUUCUAUGCUAAUGGUGCCAUGUACAGUAAAAGCUACUUGUUACAUUUGAAUAUUUCAUAGAUUUUUCUGUGUCAUUAAAUUUUUUCUUCAUGUACAGUAAAAAUAGACUUUGUAUAUUUUAUAUUUGUGUGCAAGUAUUUAAAGAUAACCAAAAGUCCGGCUUAUACAUUGUAUAUUUGGUUGUGAUACCUCUUCUAUAGGCUGAUAUUUUUGUGCUCUUCUCUUGUCUAGUUUGACCCUUUUAUUUUUUUUAAAACUUUGUUUUUCUGUGAAAGGAUUAAGUUAUUUCUCCUGGAAAUAACUGGAGUGUAGAUUUAAUGGAUAUGUGUCGAGAUAUUUGUGUUUCAAGUCAUUCUCAAACAUUUUCUCCCUCACUGCCUCCCUGUUCUACUGACAUGAUCAGGACUUUUUUUAAUUUAAUAAUGAACUUCAAUAUCAGAAGAAUUUCUUCCAAAAUAGAUUUUUGCAAAAUUCACUCCCACUUAUGUUGCUAAUUUAAAACUUUUAGAGUCACUUAUGACAUUUUCAAGCGAAUUUAAUUUUAAGCGUCAAGGAAUAUGACUUUAAUGAAGUUUUUCCUAUUGUAUUGAUAUUUAGCAAUAUUCUACCAUUGGAUUAUCUAGACAGUGGAGGUUUAUAAAUAUUUUUCUACUAUCAUCUUAUGUGUUGCUUUAUUUUGUUAACCUACAAGUUGCUUUGUACAUUUUUCUAUCUUUUUCUACCUUUGAUGUGUUAUAUUUCACAAAGAUUUUAACAAAAUUUCAAGUGACUGAACAUUUUAUAUAUCUUCAUAAUUAAUUGAAUUUGGUCAUAUUUGGAUGAAUUAUUCUUGAUCAGUCUUUCUGUAUCUUGAGAUGACUGAAUUCCUGUAUUUUUCCAUAUAAUUGUUAAGGCUUUUCCUUUUAAGAUUUUGCUUUCUGAUUAAAGACAGAAAAUGUAAUUAAAUGAUUUAAAAUAUGGUCAAGUUUUACUUGAAAUUACUUUGCAAAUGGUUUAACCAACUCUACUUUUAAAUGGAUCGUAAAUUAGAAUUACCUUCCCGAUUUUCACCCUUAAAUAAAAAUGCCUUUAUUAAUCAAUAC